AACGAGUCAACAACCUUACCUUCCUUUACCCAACCUUACCUUUACCUCGGUGAGGGAAGAAAAGAGAGACAACGAGGAGCUAGUGAGAAAGACCGCCCAGGAGUCACAAUGGGCGGUUACCGUGAUCGUCGAAAGCAACGGGUCUCAAUAUCAUUGAUCGGAAUCAUCAGAUGAACUUCUUGGAUCUUCCGACUCCUUCUACUUUCUCUCCACAUGUUCUCCAAAUCUUAUCCCCAGUCUUUGAUUGCUUCCAAUUGUAUAAUAUAGCUUGGUCUGAUCCAACCCAUUCGUUUGUUCCUCAUCUCAUAUGCCAAGUGAACUAUAAUAGAAUCGAGUUACUGUACUUUUAGAGGCUCAUACCGAUCCAUAAUCUCCAUAGUACUCCGUUCUUAUACCCAUACGUUACCAAACUUUUGAGCUUCCUGGUAGAAUCAGUCCGGGGUUGCACACACCAUACCGGUAAGAACCCAAUAACCUUUUAUAUCUGAGAUCCCGUCGCAAGGAGAUUCGCAACGGAGUGCAUGAUGCAUUAGCUGGAGACAACAAAUCCGAACAGCCACUCAGUCUUACUAUCUUCUGAAUCCUUCUAGACUUGAUAUUCGGUCAUGGCGUCGAAAUCGAAAGAGCGGAAGCUAUACAUCACCCCCAUCUACUCCCUCCCGGCUUCAUCACGUCUCUCGACUUCGAACCUCUUCUCGCCAACUGCCCUCGAAAAACCUUCAUUCGAUAUUCGUCCCGAAUCUUCGCCGGCUCUUCCAACGUCAAGCCUAUACCGAAAGCAUCAUCAAAAGGAAAUGAGUGGAUAUGUCACCACGGAUGAAGAAUUUCAUGCUCUUCCCCCAGCUUUAAAACGGAAGGUAUAUAUAUCACUUUCGUUAUUAUACUUCAGCAUGGUUAUCACAAUUUAACAAGGUUGGGGUUUCAUUUUUAUUUCAGGGUUGAGCUAUCGAAAAAGUAGGAGCUAUGUAGCUUAGCCUGUGUCUGUGAGGCGCCGUCGAAAGCUAGGUCUUUCAUUAGUAUGUUUAGUAGUGCCUUCCCGCGUGGGCGAGCGCUAGAUCUUUCGAAUUCAUACUGGCGGCGGGAUCUGCAGACGCUUUGAACACACAAGUAUGCAGGUACAAGAGACGGUGGUUUUGCAAUUCUUCUCAUGCGGUUGUGAACGGUAUUGAUCAAAGAUGGGUACUGACCGGACUCUUUCGCAGUAUUUUUCCACACUGGAGCGCCUUCGAUUCGCACAAAACUCUAGGUCAAAUGCCUUGAAUGACCUUCCAGUGCAGACUACCCGUAAGAGCUCGAUUGCGGACCGCCGCGGUUUAAAAAUUUCAGAACUCGAGCCUAGACGUAGGUCUUCCAAACCAUCAAAAAAGAAGAAAGAACAAUCGAUAUCUCAUGGCAAUGAUAAAUCUUGGUAUUUAAGCAAUUACGAAACAUUCCCGGACACCAUCAAAAGGAAACAAUUCUCGAGCGAAGAACAAGCUGUUUUAUCAGGCAGGAUACGAGAGGCAGUUAUUUUAGAUGCCGCGGACGAAAAUCUCAUAAUUCGAAGACGAUCUCGUCGAAAGGCGUCUGAGCCCCCGAUACUAUCUCCAAGCUUUAGAAGCUCCAUCUUCAGUGGGAAAACUAGCGGUAGUCGCAGGAGAGCCUCAUUAUCCAGUAUGGCAGAUACGUUUUUUGAUAGCAUCCAUUGGAUUGAUGAAGAGCCUAAAUUGGAUCUUUAUUUGGAUGAUUAUCAUGCUUCAAUAUUCCCAUCUCUAAACAGCGAUCGGAAACCAUCAUUUCGUCGACAAAUGUCAAUUUCGAAACUUCCAUUUGGAAGAAGCUCCAUACAUUCUGCAGAGCCUAAAUCGCCAAGCAUAAUAUCACCUACCUUCAGCACACAUUCUCGUUCCAAGUCUCGAGGUCUUCCAGCCGGUGGACCAAAGCAUGCCGCAAGACACAAAGUUAAUUCCUCCUUAUCAUCAAUCGACCCUAAUGCAACACAUUAUCAAGAUCCCGAAGCACGGUUAAAACUACGAGUCUACUUAGCAUCACCACAAAAAUUUGACGAAAUAAUCGAGUUUGGAUUUCCAUCUAUGGAUGCCACAGUGGGUACACCAGACAGGGAGAAUAGACCACCGAAAUUAAUAUCCAGACGCUCGUCGAGGGAUAUGUUGAGGAAGAAAAUAUCAAGUCCAGCGUUUGAGCACACAUUCUUUAACGACGACACAGCUUCAUUAUUCGAAGACGAUAGAUCUAUGGCUGACUCGGAUGCACCCAUAACACCACUGGAAUACGAAAGCGGAUUUCCAUCACAGCGGUCUCCAUCAUAUUAUUACGGCAAACCUCUCGCGGAUUACCAGCCAGGUAGUACUAAAUUACCUGGCAAACAGCAAGAUUCAUAUACGCAAUGUAUGGCAGGAAAUCGGGAACCCACGUUAAGAAUGACACUUACACGCCAGGACCUUCGAGAUGAAAGUGCGAUAUACGGAUGGCAAUCAAAAGAGCCGCUAAUAAUGGAAGAUGUGGAAAACCAAAAGUGUUCACGAGGACCCAUAAGCGGGACAGAUAGCUGGGGAUCAACGGAGAAGGAAAACGGAGUUGUGAAAAGAUUUUGGAACAAAGUUAAGAGUCAGCGGAAAACUUCGUGACCGUUUACUGUACUGUACUGUAUGUAUGUAUGUUUAUAACAGAAGUUAAUUCUUUGUCGAGUAUUUUUAGCGAGCUUUUCUUGUAUCUAUACUACCUAUUCAUUUAUCGGCAUUUUGCUUUGUAAGAUUAAGAUUACUAGGUAUCUAUUUCUUUUGUGUUGGGUUGCGUGCAUGCGUGCAUGCUUGCUGGGCUUGCAUGCAUGAAGAUGUGAAUGGAUACCAGGUUUUGAGAUUGAGAUUGAGAU